AUGAGCGAAACAGCAGUCGAGAAGCAGAGCUUCGCCACCUACAAGAAAAACAACACCAUCGAGGAAGGCGACAAUGUCGUCAUGUACCUGAGUAAGGAGAACAUGAGCAUUAUCCGCGUUAAGGAUGGAGAGUACUUCAACUGCAAAUUCGGAAACUACAAGCACUCGGACAUGAUCGGACUGGAGUAUGGCACAAAGCUCGGCUCAAACACCGGCCGUGGAUUCCUCUUCUUGCUCUACCCUACCCCAGAACUCUGGACAUUGGUCUUGCCUCACCGGACCCAGAUCUUGUAUAUUGCCGAUAUCUCGUUCGUCAUGAACUAUUUGAACCUCAAGCCUGGAAUGUCGAUGAUUGAGUCUGGAACUGGAUCGGGAUCGUUCUCGCAUUCGAUUGCUAGGACGUUGGCACCCCAUGGACAUUUGUACUCGUUCGAGUACCAUCAGGAACGUGUCAAUGCUGCCAAGAAGGAGUUUGAGGAGCAUGGAUUGUCAGAUUUGGUUACCCUGCGUUGCAGAGAUGUCUGCAAGGAUGGAUUUGACCUUGAGAACAAGGUCGACGCCGUAUUUUUGGAUUUGCCUGCACCUUGGGAGGCGGUGGCAUCAGCGAAGAAGGCGUUUAAGCAGAAUAAGGUCGGCAAGAUCUGCACAUUCAGUCCUUGUAUCGAGCAGAUCUCCAGGACUGUCACAGCAUUGACCGAGCAAGGAUUUGUCGACAUUCAGAUGUACGAGUGCUUGAUCCGCUUCAACGAGAUCCGUGUGAUCCCUAUGUGGACCAUUGACGAGGCCAUGGAGAAGCAGCGGGCGGUUGAGAAGAAGAGAAAGCGUGCCGCCCCUCGCGUGGUUCGUGACGAUAGCAACAACAACACUCAGGAUGAAGAGAGCAGCAGUGGUCAUAUCAACAAGAGCAUCAAGGUGGAACCUUCAGUUGAUGACAGCAACCAGUCAUCUGCAGCGGCUACACCCAACUCUACCACGGAAUCUGAGAUGGAGGACAGUGUGUCGACAACGGCCUCAACACCCGUCAUUGGAUCGGAGACAACUGCCUCUGCUUCCGAAGCUGAGCCAAGAGGGAGAAUUGAGCCCAAGAAUGUGGUGGUGACCCGUCUCCCAGCCGAGCAGCGUGGCCAUACCUCGUACCUCAUGUUCGCAACUUUUACACCUGCCACCCAGGGUCCCAGCUUGACCGAAACUAAGGCAGCAGCAGCAGCAGCCUCCUCAUCGUCUGCGCCAGCAAAAUAG